UUCCUAACUUCGUGAAACUGGGCUCUGCCAUUCCCUUAUAUUUUUUUUCACAGUCAAAUGAGUCAUUCGUGGUAAUGAAAGAAAAGUAGUCGUUAUGGCAGAUACCGGUUUAGAUCUUAGUCUUCUUUGCGAGAUAAAUCGCAAGAAACUAGUGCAUAUUUUGGAGGAAAUCCAUGGGACAAUGGACUUCGUCGUAGACUCGGACCUGAUGAAGCCAUUGGAUACCUACAUCCAAGGAGCCUCAACGUUAAGGCGUCAUGGAGUGAAGAAGAUUUUCAAACUCUCGAGGGAAACCCCGGCAUUCGGCGAGAAGCAACGCUGUUUUCUCACGCGUCCAAACCUGACGAAAGUGAAGUGGUUCUGUGAUCAAGCCCGGGCUUCUGUCGACUCUGAUCGUCCCGGAGUCUAUCAUCUCAUCCUCUCCCCACGCAACACCCACGCCAUACAAACUCUGCUCGAAGAAGAAGGCCUGUUUGGACAAGUUAUAGUUUGGGAGCUGAACCCGGGUCUCCUAACCCUCGACCGAGACGUGUUCUCUAUCGAAAUCGCGGAACUGUUUCGUGAGUGUUUCCUCGAAGGCGAUCAGGUGCACUUGCAGCCGUUGGCCCGUGCUUUGUGCGAACUACAGCAAAUAUUUGGCAAAAUUCCGAAUGUCUUCGGUCAUGGUCGUUUCGCGGCGAAAGUGCGAAGUAUGUGUGAUGUCAUGUGGGCCGAUUUCAACGCCUCCAAGUCUCGUCGCGUGGAAAUAGGAUCGUUGUUCAUCUUCGACCGUGACGUGGACUAUCCCGCAGUUCUCUUAACCCAACUCACUUACGGUGGGCUUCUGGACGAAGUCUUUGGUGUGACGUGUAACGUGCUAGAGUUCAAACCCGACGACCAGACGGCUGUGAAGAUGGUUCUCUCGUCUGAGAACAAAGUGUAUUCUAGUCUCGCUGACCUCCAUUUCUCUUCGGUGGGUCCAUCACUGGCCAAAAUGGUGCGUGAAUUGACGAGCAAACAAGCCAGCAAGGACCUAAGUGUGCAAGAAAUGAAGCGUCUGGUGAAGGAGGAGCUGAAGGAGAUGCAAGCAGAACGGAAACGAGUCUCUGACCACGUCGCUGCCAGUGAAAUCAUCACCAAGCGAAAGGGCUCGGAUUUCCAGUCUCAACUCGCAGCCGAACACGCAUUUGUCGAAGGAGCCGAUGUUAGAGACGCAGUGAAUUUGCUCAAUUGUGUCAUUUGUUUCAAGUCUGAUCCGUUGAUCCCGUUGCGACUCCUGAGUCUGUAUUCCUUUUGCAACAACGGACUGAAUUCGAGGGAUUACCGUGCGUUCAAGACGAGUUACUUGCACGCUUUCGGGUUCGAGAAGCUGAAGGCGUUUCACAAUCUCAAGAAACUCGGUCUGGUGACGGAAAACAACGAGCCGACAAACGUGAUGAAUUUAGCACUGGGUCGAGGUUCUGGUUUCCGACUCAUGGCCAAGAAACUUGGGCUGAUUCCGCCGGAAACGACGAACGUGGACACGAAUGAGCCGAGCUACGUGUUCGGCGGUGGUUAUGUUCCGGUGACUGUGAAAAUCGUGUCGGAAGUGUUGCGGAACGGGAAAUUGGGCGACGAGUUGAAGUGGUGUCCCGGGGAGAGUUUUUCGGCGUCCGGAAGUGUUUCCGAGUUGCCGGCGAGUUCCGGUGAUGCGAGCAGAGUCGCUGUGAUUUGUUUCGUUGGCGGUGUGACGUUUGCGGAAAUCUCCGCGUUUCGUUUGUUGGGCCGGAAGUUAGGGAAACGGUUCAUCAUCGUGACGACUGGAAUCAUCAACGGGAACGAACUGAUGAAAACUCUAGGGUUGUUCAACUUCCAGUCGCUCUUGGUGAUCGUGUUGUUGCUCAUUUGCACGUGCACGUACAUACGGGGGAUCUGGGCUUCGUUAUUGGACCGAAACCAGACCGGGUUGUUGGGGACGUUUUGGAAGUGCGCUCGGAUCGGCGAGCGGAAAUCCCCGUACGUGGCCUUGUGUUGUUUCGCGAUGGCCGCCACUGUGCUAUUUUGGAGCUGA